CCCCCCGCCUCUCUCCCGAGCUUUUGUGCGCCCUCCCGCCCCCGCCCUUCGCACGAUGUCCUCUCGUCUUGCCAUGUCCCCUGUGCUUCUCGGUGCGCGCCUUGUCGGCUCGACCCCGCGCUCGGCAGUUGCCCCGGCGGCGGUGCGCCUCUUUUCCUCCUCUCCAUCUGAGGAGCGGCGCCCGGCUGCUGUGGCUUCGUCCGCCGGGCUGGCCAUGCGGCCGAUGACCCCGGCGGCCUUUGGCGCUUCGCCGGUGCCCGCCAUGCCGCCGGGCAUCUGGGACGUGGCCAUCAUCGGUGGCCUGGCCGCGGUGAUCAUCAUCGGCCCGAAGAAUGUCAUCCCCAAGGUGGCCAACAUGAUCAAGUCCACGCGCGAGGCCAUCCAGGACCUGGAGACCGAGGACUCCAAGAAGUCGACCGACAAGCAGGCCGAUGCCCCGGCGGCUGGCGAGAAGAAGCCCGAGCCCCCUACCCCGCCGACCGACCCCACCAAGCCCAGCAACUAGACGCAGGUCCCCCCC